ACGCAAUCACCAGCUCAGAAUUCUCAUGCUACGUCUUUCGCUGAUUUGCUGUGCAAAGUCUUCCAUUUUCAGGGAAAACCGCAGAAGUUUUUCGACAAUGUGGUAUUUCCUGAAAUUUUGAGAUUUUAUUUUGCUUUCUGUUUUUCCAAUUCGGGAAUUGAAGGUCGGGAGCAUUUGUUAGCUUGAGGAAAUCAGGAAUGGCGCCACCAAUUCUUGCACUCGCUCUUCCCUCAGAAACUGGUCGAGUUCUCAGCAUUCAAUCACACACCGUUCAGGGAUAUGUUGGCAAUAAGUCAGCCGUCUUUCCUCUCCAGUUACUGGGCUAUGAUGUCGAUCCAAUCAAUUCAGUACAGUUCUCAAACCACACAGGCAAGCUGCUUGUAUUACUAUUCAUUUCAGUACACAACUCUGUGAUACCCAACAUUUAAGGGUCAAGUUUUGAAUGGGCAGCAACUGUGGGAUUUAAUAGAAGGCCUUGAAGCUAAUAAUUUGUUGUACUACACUCAUUUAUUAACAGGUUAUAUUGGUUCUGUUUCUUUUUCGAACACUGUAUUGGAAGUUGUAGAUAAACUUCGCACCAUAAAUCCGAAUCUUAUAUAUGUUUGUGAUCCAGUGAUGGGUGAUGAUGGAAAGCUUUAUGUUCCUCAAGAGCUUAUAUCAAUAUAUCGUGAGAAGGUUGUCCCAGUCGCUUCAAUGUUGACUCCUAACCAGUUUGAAGCAGAAUUGUUGUCUGGAUUAAGGAUUACUUCUGAAGCAGAUGGCCGGGAAGCCUGUAAAAGUCUUCAUGCUGCUGGGCCUUCAAAGGUUGUCAUUACAAGCAUAAACAUAGAAGGCAAUCUUCUCCUCAUUGGUAGUCAUAAGAAGGAUAAGGAUAAUUCUCCUGAGCAAUUCAAGAUUGCAAUACCCAAAAUUCCUGCUUAUUUUACGGGAACAGGAGAUCUAAUGGCAGCGCUUCUUCUCGGAUGGAGUAAUAAAUAUCCUAACAACCUUGACAGAGCAGCAGAGCUUGCAGUAUCAAGCUUGCAGGCACUCCUACAGAGGACAUUGAAUGACUAUUUAAGUGCUGGCUUUAAUCCCCAAUCAAGCAGCUUGGAGAUUCGACUCAUUCAAAGCCAGGACGACAUCCGCAAUCCACAAUUGAAAUUCAAGGCUGAAAAAUACAACUAAAGAAGGUGAUGCCUCCUCAGUACUAAAACACAAUAGCCUACUUGGUAUUGUCACAUUCUCAUGUUUUGUCAUGAAAGUGUACUGCUUUUACAAAGUCAUAGUAUCAUGUUGCAAAGGGAAUAAAAGAAAGAAAGAAAGAAAAACAGCAGGUAUAGGGAAAUAAAUGGAUGAAUGGAAUCAGAAAUGAUAUUAGUGAUUAUCAGCACUCAUUGAGUUUUGAUAAUGUCUACAGAUAUUACAAGAAUAGUUUAAUUUUGUGGAUUGCCCUGUUCAUGCUUUACAUAGUAGGUAAUGGCUUCGCCACACCUGUGUCCUUAUCUGAUAACUCUCUUCUAUAAUUGUAAUUUCUUCUUAUAUUUCAGCUAGAAUAGUUAAUU